AUGCAAGAACUCAUCGCCGUUCGUGUGAAAGAUGGGAUUUUUGUCGGAAACGUAACUGCUGCACAGGACCGCGAGUUCAUUUCGAUGAACAAAGUUACCCAUGUCAUCAACUGCGCCGGCGGUGAGCUGCCCGAUCUUUUCAUGGACGAUGGUGUGAAAUACCUCACAUUCCCAUGGAAGGAUACCCCAGGGGCGGUGUGCACUGCUGUUAUGUUUGAUAGCGCUGAUGAAAACAUCAAACGAGCCGUAAAAUUUAUCGAUGAGGCUAUUGAGGCUGGAGAUUGCGUCCUAGUUCACAGCCGUUACGGUUUGUCGCGUAGCCCAGCGCUGAUAGCGGCGUACUUCAUCGUGAAGUACGGUUGGAAAUUGGACAGUGCCAUCUCUUUUCUCGAGAUGGCACAUAAGGAUAUGUCUAUCAAGCCGCACUUCUUGCGACAGCUUCGUAUGUUUGCUAAACGGAACUCUGUAGAACACGACGUUUUUGACCUCGAUGUGGACGACUCACAGUUUGGCCUAGACAAUGAUCAGUGGAUGCUCCGAAACACGUUGCUCAACGGCCUUAUUUCCGAUAUGCAGCGCCAAAAUGAGCUGUACAAGUUCUGCACGGGAAAGUUAGAAGUGGGGCAGCCGGUUAAACCAAGCGACUCUCGCGCAGGUACACAUGGAAAGAAAAGCAGGAGGAUUGUGUUCGUUGACACGAAGCAAGGAACACAUGUAGACUCCGUGACUGGGUCUCCUGUGGUGAUGGUGCAGCCCAAGCAACAACAACUUGACUCAAGCAAUCACUUUGUCGGUUUUCAAGGCUCUGUAGCGCUACGCGCAAGACGCCGCAGCGGUAGUAUCAUGAGCCGCAGCAUCACCCCAUGCGGCCGUCGUGCGGAGUCGGACCCCCACACAAACCCACGUGGACGACAGGAGCUCUCGCUUCGCUCUGACGGGAAGACAGGACGCAGCGCUUCCAUCCCAGACGGUGCGACCUCUUCACAGGCAGCGCGCACGGCGAGCGGCCACUCCACUUUGGACGGGGGAAGCCAUGCAGGAGCAGAGUACCGCCACGUCGCACCACCAAACACUGUCCACGCACCCCUGCGGUCGCCUUUUGCAGCCCUCACGUCCAGCCACAAAUACCGCAAAGGUUCGCCAUUGCCAGCUCCAACGCACGACAAGAAACCGUCCGCUUUCAUCCAGCGGCCGGCAUCGGCGUCGAUGGUGGAGACGCGUCCGGCGCGGACACGGGUUGCGGCCAGCACAGGAUCUUCGUUUCUGAGCCGUAAUUCCUUGGUGCGUAGUGGAAGUCCGACUGCGCCUGGGAAUGCGCCAACCACACCCAUUGGUAGCUCGUCGACAAGCCGUGUCUCGAGUUACAAAAAUAUUGCACCACACCGAACACAACUCAGUACCGGCCCACUCCCUGCGUGGAACUGGGGCAAAUCGGGAAUGUCACCAUCAGUGGUCCAGCGAACCUCGCUCCGCAGCAGCCCACAGGGGUCACGUCCCAGUUCCCCAGCAGGUCGGUCUUCCUCCGCGACAAAGCAGGUUGCCUCACCUAGCAGUGCUUCGCUAGAGCUACACUUGAGCCGCGGUGUAAAUGGGACCUCCAGCAGUACUAUUGGGGGAAGCAACGGGGUGCUGCGUCGCCAACCACCGACAGUUAUAUCAUCUGGCAGACGCUCGUAG